AUGAAGCUCUCGUAUCACCUCCUCCUUCUUGCUCUCCUUCAAUCAUCUGUGAACGGAAACAACUCGCAGCAAUGUGUCACUUCUGUCGAUGCAGCCAAUGAUUACUUUCCAGAGAAAGUGCAACCAACUGAAUCGGAACAAUGGUCCAUAGAGUACCAAAACACCUACAAGGUUCUCACCAACUCUUGGGCCAACAAGACUUACCUCCUUUACCAAUGUGGAACUGAGCCUCCGCAAAACGAGAACCAGUACGAUGCAAUCUUUUCGGUGCCAGUUCAAGGUAUCAGUCUUUCCUCGACACCGCAGGUUACCUUCAUCGAGCUCUUGAACCGACGCACAAGCAUCGCGGCCUGGGUUGGAAGCUUUGGCUUUAUUCACUCACCAUGUUUGAGCAAGAUGAUUGAUGAUGGUGAUGUUGCUACACUCCAACCGGAUGACGGAACCAAUGCUACUCUUCUUACUGACAGUGGUCUUGAGAACACUGUCUUUUUUGCUGGGGGUGACACAACUUACGAGAAUGAGGUUCAGGUUCAUGCCUACGAAGAGAACUUCAACCUUGCAACUUUUGAAUGGGUCAAAUUCUACUCGGCCUUUUUCAACCUCGAGAAGGAAGCUAACGAAAUCUUUGACGCUACAAAGACUCGAUAUGAUUGUACCGUUCAGAACGCCGGCAUCCUUUCGGCAGACCAAGAGAAAAAGCCCACUGUCCUCUGGGGAUCCUGGUGUGAAUCCUGUGGAGGCUGGUUCGUUGCCAAGUCCUGCCCAGAGUACUACUGUGAAUUUGCUGAAUCUUGUGGCGCAACUUUGCUCACUACUGAGGCUGGAAGUGUAACCACAUCCUGGGGUGUCAAUUACAUGACUACCGAAGAGUUUGUGGAAUUUGGCAAAGAUGCUGAUCACUUCAUCUAUACAGCUACUGAUGUAUUGAGUACUGUCUAUGGAACCUUUAAGGAUGACUUUGCAAAUAUGAAAGCGGUUUUGAACAACGAGGUGUACGACACUGCCGGUGCUGGACCCAAUAGUUGGUUCGAACAGCGUCUCGCUGAACCCGAUGCGAUCUUGCAAGACUUUUGUACCAUUGUUGGAACCGAGAACCCCGCAGUCCUCCACAAAUUGUCCUUUUUGAGACACGUUGACGAUGUCGUUCCCGUCAAUGGAGUGUGCGCUGACAUUGCUACUCAACUGGAACCUCUUGGAACGGAUUGCGAGGCUCUUACAGAUGCACCACAAGAAGGGAACGACGCUCCUGCUGAUCCAGCCGCUGAUGAGGACACCAAGGAAGACUCUGCUCCUGGAGCCAAGUUUGUUCUCGGAAUGGUUGGACUUCUCGCAGCUUUCUUGCUCUAG